AUAUCUAUGGUGAGUGCGCGAUAAAUAUACAUUGUUUAAUCGUGUGUGUCAAGUGCACAUCCUUACGGUUGCUACAAAAUAUUUAUAAAAUCAGUAUUGUUACUGAUUUGAGUAUCAUCAGAUACAUACAUUAUCUUGUUUGAACAAUAAUAUCAAGUUCAUUACCGAAAGAUUGAUGCGCGGUGCUGAUCGAAGGACACCGUCGUCAACCUUCCAAACGCAUUUAAAGAGCACAACAGGUACAACAAAUAUUGAAUCGCAAUGAACUGCGCAACGACAUAGGUGUGGCGCGCAAAAGAGAGAGCGUACAUGCACGUAUCAGGAGUACAUACGUGCAAGUGCUUCCUUGGAAUGAAGGCACCAAAGAAUUGGAUUAACUUUCCCCAGUUACAUUUCUGUUUAAAAAAUCAAUUGAUCGUUUUGAUGUAGUGUCAAGUGUGAUCCCGAUACUACGAAAUUAAUUGUUUAUAUCGAAAGUGAGUAAAUAACUUGUUUUUUUUUAGAAAAGAGAGAAUAAAUUUUCGUGUUAAUCUCCCGAAUUAAAUAUCUUUGGUGUUGAAUACACCGUGUGGGUGCGUGUGCGUGAGCGUACUCGUGCCCGUGCCUGCGCCUAUGCGUCUCCGUUCGCCGAGUUGUGGUGAUCUUCGUAGAGGUGGCGGCGGUAGCGACGGCAAAGGAGACAGUGAAGGUGGUGGUGGCGGCGGCGGCGACAGCAGUAACAGCAGCAGUAAAGGUGGCGGUGGUGAAGGAGACGGUGAAGGUGGCGGUGGCGGAGGCGGUGGCGGCGGUGGCCGCGACAACGUUUGGAGGGAGAAAUUUCGUACAUCGUGACUGAGUGAGUGAGUUGGUGCGUGUGCGUGCUACCGCGCGUAUACGCUCUCUCAUUCUCGGGAUCGUGUGCGCGCGUAUUGUAUAUAUGUAUAUUGUUGCGCGCGCGCAUUAACGGAAUUCACGAUCAGACACGCAGGGACUCUCAACAAAUGUUUAAAUGGACGCAUCGUCCAUUAUCACCCAAGUGUCGCGGGAUGACGAGCUAGGCCAGUUUAAUAAUGGGAAAGCCCAGUUACCACAAGAGAAUGAAGUGGCCAACAACAGUCCAGCAAGUGGCAAAAAGCCAAGAGGGCGUGGACUUCUGCGAUCUCUACUUUGUUGCCUUGGUAGAGGACGUGGAAGCAGUUCAAAAAGUUCAAAAACAAGCUCGUUACAAGGCGAUGGACGUGGUUCACCACCACCAGGGACUGGAUCCCCACGGUUCCUUCUCCCACCUGUCAGACAUCAGGAUAUGCACAAAAAGUGCAUGGUGAUUGAUUUGGAUGAGACACUAGUGCAUAGUUCUUUCAAACCAAUCAACAAUGCCGAUUUUGUUGUUCCUGUAGAGAUUGAUGGGACAGUGCAUCAAGUGUAUGUUUUAAAGAGGCCUUAUGUGGAUGAAUUCUUACAGAGAAUGGGCGAACUGUACGAAUGUGUAUUAUUCACAGCAAGUUUGGCUAAGUAUGCUGAUCCAGUAGCAGAUUUGCUUGACAGAUGGGGAGUGUUCAGAGCAAGACUGUUUAGAGAAUCUUGUGUUUUUCACAGAGGAAAUUAUGUUAAAGAUUUAAAUAAGUUAGGGCGAGAUUUACAACAAAUUAUUAUUGUUGAUAAUAGUCCUGCAAGUUAUAUUUUCCAUCCAGAUAAUGCAGUGCCAGUGGCAUCAUGGUUUGAUGAUAUGACAGAUUCAGAAUUAUUAGACUUAAUUCCAUUCUUUGAGAAACUCAGUAAUGUGGAAAAUAUUUAUACAGUCUUGUGCAAUAGUAAUCACCCUUAUAAUCAAGUACCAACAGCUGUACAGAAUAGUCCAAGUCCAGGGUCGGGUUCACUUGGUGCUUCCUAGCCCUACCUAAAUUCUGGCCAAAUAGCCAGUAUUGUCAUCGCUCAAUGCACUCUGAGGAGAAUUCUGACUGGAAUAUUUCAUAUUACCCGUUUGUUAUGUGGCAGUGGAAAACUAAGUGUGGCCCACUAAACGUUGAAUGCAACAUUUAUUUGUCGAGGAAUCAUUCAAAGAGGAGGUGAAAAUCCCAAGUCCUCCUGUGCACCAUUUGUUUUGAUGCGAUAUAAACACCAGCUGUUUCAUUGUUGGCUUGAGUUCUCUUUUCUGAUAAAGAGUAAUACAGAAUACUGUUCACAGUAUGCCAGAUGUAAUGAACUGAAAAUAUUGAUCUAAUAAUUAACAUACAGGUAAUUGGAAAAAGAAUCACAAACAGCUCAAUUGGUAAUAACUCUUCCAAUCACACUGAACUGGAAUAAACUUUAAAUGUAAAUUAUUGAUAACAUAAUGAAAUCCAUGUGCGUGUUUCCGUGCUUGGUGUACUUAAGAAAAGGAACAAAUGGCAAUGGUAAUGUGAAACGUGACAUAAAUUUUAAAUUGGGUAAGUUCACAGAUUUGUGCUUACAUAUAAUUUUAAUUGAAAUAGAGUACCUUAAGAAUGAAUUACAUGAGAUAAAAUAUAUACAUAUAACAAGUCGGAGUGUUAAGUGGUAUAAAGGGAAGUAAUACCUGAUCACAUAGAGUCUUUUGAUGGGCCAUUUUAUCUUUCUUCUUUUAUAUUCCAUUUAUUUACUAUAAAUUCGUUUGCUUUUAUUAACAUGAAAUUUCAAUGAAUUCUUCUAACAUAAAAAAUACUAAGCAAUAUGAUAAUUAGUUUUCGUAUAAAUUUUAUGAGGCUAAUAAUUCCAAAUAAUUACAGAAAUUAGUGCAUUUGUAAACGUUUUUUAUCGAUUAUAAUUAAGAUUGAAACAUCAUUUUUAUUACCAAAUGAAGAAAAUAUAUAUUAGAUCUAAUGAUGUAAAAUAAUUAUGAAAAUAUAAGAAAUAUUAGUCAACUAAUUUUUUUAACAUUUUUGUACCGAAAAAGAAAUAUUUUCAACAAAUAGGAUUUGAAAUAUGACAAUAUUGAAACGUUAACAAAUCAUUUAAAUAAAUGAAAUAAAAAGAAAAAAUAAUGUUGUGUUUUCAUCUUUUGAUGGCAUUUUAAUUUUCUUUUAAAGCAAACUCAGAAAAUAAUAAUAUGGAUAUUACAUAAAAAAAAUUUCAGCAUAUUUAAGAAUUUGGUAAAUGCAUAUCAUUCUCUCCCUCCAGAUAAUUUUAUGAAUAACGGAGCAUUAUGUUAAUCCAAUAAUCAUUAUAAUAUCAUUAAUAAAUUAGAAUUAUUUAGAUAUAAUUCAUCAAGAAUAAGUAAAAAAAAAUAACUUUAUAUGUACAUGUAAAUACGUUUACUAAUAGAUAGCUGUCAACUUUAUACGCUUAAUUCAUGCAUAACAAAUGUACAAAUUGCAUUAUACUUCCAUACUCAAUCCAAUUGUCGUUAUUCGUGCUUUUUAUUUUAUUAGUAUUGUUACUAAUGCAUUAUUACUAAUGGUGUAGUGAAUUGAAUUUUAUUAUCGCAAUUCAUUUAGUUUCAGAUACCAUAUUUUACUAUAAAUAUUAUAUAUUAAUUAUUAUUUAGAUGUUUAAAUGAACUAAGAACAGGGAUAGUUAAAUAGAUAUAUUUUCAGAUGAAUUCUCUGUUCGUAUAACUCACUUGCAGCUAUUGAUGUUUAUCCAAUUAUAAUAUUGACAUAUUUUCGUUAUAUCUUUUACAUAAUGCAAUGUCAGGAUCAGUAAAUUAAAUUAUAGCUUUUGCCUUGAUAUUUCAAUAUGCAUUUCCCAUCUUAAUAAAUGGAAAAGCCCAGCUUGAUAAAAACUAAUUCUUUUACAUUCUAUAUUUUAGUCAAGAUAAAAUAGGUAUUAUAAUACAUGCAUUUGCUAAACUCUGCAGUAGAUUCAUUUGCAUCAAAUUAACAUCCAUUUGAAUAAACUAUUAUUUAACAUAAUAAUAACAAGAUCUAGUAUAUUAUAAUAGUACUUCAUUAUUAAAUAUGAACUUUUCUUGCUUACUUAUAUAAUAUUUGUUAUUUAUCGUGUUAUUUAUCAUUGAACCGAAAAAUAAAUCUACAGUUCUGUAAGUUAUGAUUUCAGGAAAGGAAAGGGCUAGGGUAUACAGAGAUAAGAAUAUUAUAUAACAAUAAGUCUUAUACAUAUUGCAUAAUAUUAAAUGGCUUCCAACUUCAUGUUUUAUCAAUUUUUUGUUAGUUAUUUUAAAUGGAUCACCGUUACAGAGAUCAUGUCCUACCUUUAUAAAAAGAGCCGAUUGAGGUAAUAAUUUUUUACAUGAAAUCAUUUGAACAUACGAUGAGACGAAUUAAUUAUACAAGCUAAUCAUAAAGCUGUAUAUAAAUGUUGAAAGUUUAUAUGUAGAAUUUAACGAUUUAUAAUUUAGAAUUGUAUUAGCUAUCACUAUAUUUACGUUAAUUAAUGAUAUUUAAGAAUCAACAUGUUAUGAAAUGUUUGUACUUAGUAAACGUACCUCGCCAAUCAGUGCUUGAUAAAACUCGAAAUCUCUAGAUAUAUUUGAUUUAAUGAAUUCUUUUUGUUUAAGCUAAAUGUAGUGGCCGUACUUUUACUUCAACCAUGUGUUUCUAAUGAAUGUAUCGAGCAGAAUUAUUUUAAGGAAGAAAGAAUGCGAAACAGAUUCAAAUGAAGCUAUAGAUAAUGGCGUAUUUGCAAGAUGAUAUUAACAAAAAUAAUUGUAGUCAUUUUCGUUUGUACAAUUGCCCAUCGAAAUGACUCUACGAGCUGUGGUGCACCUUCUCCGGAAAUACGUACACGACUACCGAAUAAAACGAAAGGAAUUCUCUAUUUUCAAUCUGACACUCGUUAGCUUUUUAUCUGCAAUGUCUUUUACAAUGUUCUUCGUGUCUGCCACUUGAGAACUGUCGUAAAUAUCAUACACGACGUAAACGAGCGAUUACAAUGCGAAAUAUACAGUCAUGUGGCAAAGUCCUAAAAUCAUCUUUUUAGUUUUUUUUUAUCGCAGGAACGUUUAUCACUGAUAGUGCACGAUAAAGAACUUAGAACAUGGAAAUGUAUCGUUAAAUGAUAUUACUUUUCGGUCGGGAAGAUCCGAGGAAAACCGAGGAGAGGCGUGUAAUGCCCCACGUUGAUGUUGUAUCCGACUCAAGAUAUCUUUCGGAUUCAACAUUACAUCGUCGUUGCAUCAAAUGCCUGAAAAACAUCAUGUUCACCGUGUCGUGCUUCCGUGAUUUAUUAGUAUUAACAAACCAGUGUAUCGCUUUUAUCAUACACAUACUAUCUAUCUGGACGUUUCAGAAGCGUCCAUAAUAUCUGGUAACAUAUACAUGCGUUUCUUUUGCCGUGUUUUUAAUCUUUCCGAGCAUUUUGUUUUGUUUCCUUUUUUUUUUCUUUUUUAAUUAUUACUAUUUACUAUUAAUAUUAUUAUGGAGUUGUAACAUGAUUGUAGAUGCGCCGUAGCAGAACUCCCGAGGAUGAGCUCGAACACACAUAAUUCGUUUAGAUAUAUUAUGAAAAAUUGUACGCCGAGAAAAAUGUUAGCGCGAAGACGUGGCGCAAACGAUCGUGAUAGGUAAUUAGGUAUAUAUACAUAUAUAUAAAUAUUAUAUAAAUACGUAGGUAGAUCAAUUUGAAGAAUGGAUGAAAUUUUGUAGAGACUCAACGGUGUCCAUUGUGCGUAUACACACAUGGUAUGUCUGUGUGUAUGUAAUACAAUGCGAAAGUACAAGAGUUAUAUUAAUUUGCGAUGCGAAAAUAUAAAUGGAUUAUCUUCGAUUAAAUUACUUAAGCGACGUGUACUCUUCUACGAUCGAUGAUUUGUAAUCAUGUGUUUGAUUGAAGCUUAUUUUUAUACGUUUGCAUUACGAUCAGUCUAUGGUAUACGCGUUAAUCAAAUGCGGAAUUAUUUAACGAUUCAAGGUGAAGGAAACGCCGGUGUUACUCUAAUUGGUAGUUAUACAUGAAUAUUAUUAGUAGUUUUAUUCUGUUUGAACCGGAGACCGCUGUUUGGUGAUAAUGAUCGUGUUGCAAUCGUAAUGAUCAUGUCGCUAACAUUUUUCUCAGUACGGGAAUCGUUAUUCGAAGCAGCCUUGCUGUGUAUCACGAGCCGAGCAAAUAUGUAUAGGACGUACAUAUAAAUAUAUACCUUCGAGAAAAGGAAAAAAGGAGAAUGCAUGCAUGUGCGUGCGUACUUUGUAUGUGUGUAUGUAUGCUAGAGAUAUAAUUGCGGGUGUGAUGAUAGUUUAAAAAAAAACAAACAAAAAUAUGAAAACAAAGUGGUUAAAAAGCCGUUCGCCGAGCGACCGGAUUGCAGAAUCGAAAUUGAAACUUUUUAUAUACAACUACUUUAAGAGAGGAAUAAAAACGGGAAUAAAGAAGAUGAAACUUGAAACUCCA